AUGGAAUUUAAACAACUUACCAAGGUAGAUCCUGCCGAGACUCUCCCCAGAGGAUCCCCUAAGAGUGACCUGAGUGUUAAAAGUCUCAUAGAUACCAUAAACAAUCUCGACAUUGGCAACGCUGGUUGUACGUCACCUAACAGAGAAAGCAAAAUGUUGACCUAUGAGGAAGCGAUAGCCAAAAAUCCAGACAUUAGCCAAAAAUUUCUCUUUGAGCUCAGCUAUAAGAUCAAAUUAAGAGACUUUCACUUGCGUUGUGGGUCAUGGAAUGAUGAAAUUCCGCUUGGAAUAUCAAGCAUUCAAGAGAGCCAAAUUCUCUCCUUGGACUGGACGUUUUCUGCUGAAAAGAAGGCAUUCAGGACUCACCUUUCUGGAAAGGGCAAUGGUAGUAACAUUCUGUCGCAAAUGUUUACUCUUGAUGAGGGACCAAAACAGUUUGAUGACAACUCGUUUCUCACUGCCCUCGUUAUCGCUUUGGAGAAAAACUGGAUUAUUUGGCAUUUGCCUUGUGCUCGACCUAAAUUACUUGCGGGGCCAUUAUUCAUACCCGCACCUCCACACUACGAAUUGCCAAACGUGGCGUUUGAGUUUAAACCUUGGGGCUCCUAUAAAAAUUAUUGUGGAUUGGGGUAUAAUUUAUACAAUUUGAUUAGAGAUCGGCUCAAGCUUUCUUUUGGUAUGUCGGAGCAGAGCCCGGGUUUAUUUUUAAACAAUGACGGGAACUUUAAAGGCAUUCUGUGUUUACUAAACCACGAAAUAUUAUUGAUGGGUUGUCGUGCAGACAAAAUGUUCGAUAUCAAGUCGAAUCUGACAGAAGUUUUGGAACAUACCAAGGGAAACGAGGGUUGGCAGAUAAUAGGGAAUGAGCAUCGACUGUACCGCAUAUACUCUAUGGAUAUUCAAUAUGAGCGUGGGGUAUGCAUGGAACUGGGUAUGAAAAGUGAAAUUGAAGAGUUUUCGAGUUUACUGCAAAUUCCGAUGGGAAGGCAUAUCAAGAGCGGUAACUCACAGCAUUACAAGGUAUACCAUUCGCUAAACUGGGCCCAAGAUCGGCGGUACUUGAACGAAGCAAAAGCCUUUCUGAAGGAAGUCAGCGGAAAAUGCAGAUUUGACAUCGCCUACUUUGUCAGCGUGAUGGAUACAAUCCAAGAAAGUGAGUCGAUAGCACCAAUCAAGUUCUUCAUAAAAUACUUACUAGAAAGCAAGGAACUGUUUUUGAAAUGGAAACGGCACAAACACCGUCGGGUCAUGACCGUCGAUGUGCAGACAGACGCUUCUCUCAAAUCGCAUCACGCCCAUAUCGGGUUCAACGUUGAUCUUAAUAACAACGCCAUUUCGGUAUUUUCUGGGGCUAUAAGUGGGGCGUGUCCUUCUGCGAAUGAAGCAGAGCUACUAGCCAUUAUAAGGUCUAGGAAACGAUUGCGGGAGGUCAAAAACAUUUUACACCUACUUGACUUUCGAGUGAGAGAAAGAGUUAUCACAGACAGUUUAGCGGCAGUAGCUCUUCUAGCACAAUCUUGGGAUUUACCACGCUCUGCGCGUAGCUUAAGAAGAGAAUACGUUGAUGGGGAACUCAAAAUUUUGUAUAUUCGCUCUGGCGACAACUUCGCAGAUCUGUUGACUAAACGAAUUGGUGGCGCGCACCUGAAUUCGUUGCUAGCCCAACAUUUUGAGCGGCGGAGCACUGCACUACAAAACUAA